GAAACCACACAGAUCAAAUUCGUCUGCUCUCCUUUGUGAAUCACGCUCCUGCCGACGAAAUCUUUAACGGAAAAGUCGGAAUCUUUUGCCCGGAGAGCUAAGUUAUGGAGCAUUUUUGGCUUAAGAUGUAAUGGGAAGGGAUUGAAGGAAGAAAAGAAUUGGUAUGGCGACGUUCGUUGGUGGGUUUGUGUUGCCAUCGCUGCUCUUAACAGCUGCUUUACUGAAUUGGAAUUUGGUAUCUCUUAUUGAUUUGGUGGCUUCACUUAUUAUCCGAUUUACUGCUCCGAAACGAGGAUUUCGUUUUCGAGGAAGGAUUCUGUUGUGGUCUGUCUUUGCAUUUUCUCUUCUUGUAAUUGCUACAGAAGUAAUUUUUCUUGCUUUAUGGGCCAUCAUUGGUUUCAAGUGGUGGGUAGCAGAUUCCUGGUGGGCGAAACUAAUAGGACUGAUGAAGGUCCAGUCUUAUGGGUUGCCCUUAGUAAUUUAUUAUUUGACUGUUCAUAUAUUAGUGGCGGUUUCAACUAUCUUAGAAAUCAGAAGUGACAGAUAUGGAUUGUUUCAAUCAAGUGAUUCAUGUUGGGGGCGUUUCUCAUCAGCUUUUGAGCAUAUAGGUUCUCGUCUUAGGGUGGCCUCUUGUUUAUUGCUUCCUGGUAUUCAAUUAAUUGUGGGAAUCAGCAAUCCUUCUUGGCUUUCUUUGCCAUUCUUUAUAUGCAGUUGUGUUUCCCUGGUUGAUUGGUCAUUAACGAGCAACUUUUUAGGCCUUUUUAGGUGGUGGAGGAUUCUUUGGCUGUAUGCUGGCAUUAUUAUUUGUUUACUUUAUGUGUAUCAGCUCCCAGUUCCAUACCCACAAAUGUUUCAUACUAUUGCUAAUUUCCUUGGUCUCUAUGAAAUAUCUGCAAAUUCCAGCUGGCAAGAAAUAUGUUCUGGGGUCACACUUUUGAUAUUCUUCUAUAUGCUUUCAUAUAUUAAAUGUGAUUUGGAGGAAAUGCAUCUCAUUGUGACCAUGACCACUAGAGAAGGAACCUUGACUGAACAACUUCUUCCCUCGAGGCAUUCUUUUUUCAUUCGGGAGUCCAAAUCAGGUGUAAGGCAUACCAAUGUUUUGUUGAGAAGUAUAGUUUUUCAGAUUUUCACAAUCAACUUUUUCUCAUAUGGCUUCCCGGUCUCCUUGUUUGCACUCUCAUUUUGGAGCUUCCAUUUUGCUAGUAUAUGUGCGUUCGGACUGUUAGCGUAUGUUGGUUAUAUCUUAUAUGUUUUCCCUUCACUGUUCCGAAUGCACCGAUUAAAUGGUUUGCUACUAGUCUUCAUUCUUUUCUGGGCUGUGAGCACAUAUAUCUUCAAUGUGGCAUUUGCUUUCUUGAACUUGAAUCUUGAGAAGGACAUGGAGAUUUGGGAGAUGGUUGGCCUGUGGCAUUAUCCUAUUCCUGGAUUUUUCUUACUUGCCCAGUUUGGUCUUGGAAUUCUUGUAGCUGUGGGUAACCUGGUUAACAAUUCUGUCUUUCUGUGCUUAUCUGAUGAGGAGCAGUAUCCUUCAACCAACAGCUCUAUUGAGGAAGAGAAUGGAGAGACCAAAGUAUUGAUUGUGGCUACAAUCGCCUGGGGUUUGCGCAAAUGCUCUCGAGCUAUCAUGCUGGUCUUAAUAUUCCUUAUUGCAGCUAAACCUGGUUUCAUCCAUGCUGUUUAUAUUGUGUUCUUCUUUGUGUACCUUUUGAGCCAUGACAUCAGCAUGAGGAUACGCCAGACCUUAAUCCUUUUAUGUGAGGUUCAUUUUGUAUUUUUAUACAUUCUUCAGCUUAAUCUGAUCUCAAAAACUCUAGAGCAAAAGGGAUCAUUGAGUAUGGAGCUUCUGUCACAGCUAGGUCUUCUUGAAAGCGAAAGUUGUUGGGAUUUCCUUGAAGUAGCUCUCCUGGCAUGUUUUUGUGCCAUUCAUAAUCAUGGCUUUGAGAUGCUGUUCUCAUUCUCUGCAAUUGCCCAACAUACUCCAUGUCCUCCUCUAGGUUUUGGCAUAUUAAAAGCUGGUUUGAACAAAUCAGUUUUAUUGUCAGUUUAUGCUUCUUCCACCACCCGAGAUUCUAAUUACGAUCCUUCACUCGAAAGGAGAAUUGCGCUUUACCUCAGUGCUAUAGGGAGGAAAGUUCUAUCUAUAUAUAGAUCAUUUGGAACAUAUAUUGCUUUUCUCACAAUCCUUAUCACGGUGUACCUGGUCAGGCCCAAUUACCUAUCAUUCGGGUACAUCUUCCUCCUGCUUUUCUGGAUCAUUGGAAGACAGCUAGGCGAGAAGACGAAACGUCGUGUUUGGUUUCCAUUAAAGCUGUAUGCAAUCAUAGUGUUCAUUCUCAUAUACGGGUUGAGUGUCUUUCCCAGUUUUGAAGCAUGGAUGUGCAGAAAACUUGAUCUGUUUGUAAACUUUGGAUAUAAUCCUGAUGGCUCAGUUUUUGAAAACGUUUGGCAAUCUCUUUCAAUCGUGAUCGUGAUGCAACUUUACAGUUAUGAAAGGCGGCAAAGCAAAUAUUUUCAGUCAGAAGACAAUACCUGUCCUGGUCAAUUUGGUAUACUUGGUGUUGUCAGGAGGUUCCUCAUUUGGCACAGUCACAAGAUUCUGCUCAUUGCACUGUUUUAUGCAUCAUUAUCUCCAAUAAGUGCGUUUGGGUUUGUUUACCUUCUUGGUAUAGUCCUCUGUUCUAAUCUACCUAAAGCUUCACGAAUCCCGUCCAAAAUGUUCCUAGUUUACACAGGAAUUCUAGUGGCCACCGAGUAUCUGUUUCAGAUGUGGGGUAAAGAGACCGGGAUGUUUCCUGGACAAAAGCACUAUAAUUUGUCCCUCUUCUUGGGCCUCCAAGUGUACAAGGAGCACUUUUGGGGUCUUGAGGCAGGUUUGAGGUCCAAAAUUUUCAUCAUUGCUGUGUGUAAUCUUCAAUACAACGUUUUCCACUGGCUAGAAAACAUGCCUGCUUCUCUCUUAGGUGUUGAUGGUGGGUUAGAGGAACCUUGCCCCUUGUUUGCCUCGGCAAGUGAUAUUUUGCCAUCCCCACACACUGGUGAGCUAUCCAAGCAAAGGAUAGAAGGCAUGAAUGGCAGCAAGUCAUGUGCAUACUUCAGUCAUUCUCUUUACAGAUCAUCUGAUUAUGGGUCUUCUGAAAAAAGUGGAUUCUCGGAAAAUAGUAGCAGCACCAGAAAGUAUUCAUUUGGAUAUCUCUGGGGAAGCAUGAAGGAAAGUCAUAAGUGGAAUAAGAAAAGGAUUAUUGCCUUGAGAAAGGAAAGGUUUGAGAUACAGAAGACAACCUUAAAAGUGUAUCUCAAGUUUUGGGUGGAGAAUAUGUUUAACCUUUUUGGGCUUGAGAUCAAUAUGAUUGUGUUGGUUCUUGCCAGCUUUGCUCUGCUUAAUGCUAUUUCAAUGCUUUACAUUGCAUUACUUGCUGCUUGUGUUCUAUUAGACCGGCACCUCAUACGUAAAAUAUGGCCCUUUUUUGUUAUGUUGUUUGCUUCGAUUCUUGUAGCCGAAUACUUUGCCAUGUGGAAGAAGCAAAUGCCUUCAGCCCAACCAGACGAUGCACACAUCCACUGUCAUGCCUGCUGGAGAAACUCAGACAGAUAUUUUGAUUUUUGCAAAAAGUGUUGGCUAGGGCUUAAUGUUGAUGACCCUCGAAUCCUGAUCAGCUACUUCACAGUCUUUAUGGUUGCAUGUUUCAAACUCCGCGCAGACCGUGCUUCCAGCUUUUCUGGGCUGUUUACAUACCGCCAGAUGGUUUCUCAGCAGAGGAAUUCCUUUGUUUGGAGAGAUCUUUCCUUUGAAACCAAAAGCAUGUGGACUUUUCUUGACUACUUGCGGCUUUACUGCUAUUGUCAUCUUUUGGAUCUUGUGCUGGCAUUGAUUUUGAUAACGGGCACCCUUGAAUAUGACAUUCUUCACCUUGGAUACCUUGGUUUCGCUCUAGUCUUCUUCCGGAUCAGACUUAAAAUACUCAAGCUGAAAAACAAGAUAUUCAAGUACCUACGCAUUUACAACUUUGCUGUUAUUGUACUCUCUCUUGCCUACCAGUCUCCAUUCAUUGGCGACUUCAAUGCCGGAAAAUGUGAAACCAUCGAUUACAUUUAUGAGGUGAUUGGGUUUUAUAAAUAUGACUAUGGGUUUCGGAUCACGUCAAGAUCGGCUUUGGUUGAGAUCAUCAUCUUUGUUCUGGUUUCCUUGCAAUCGUACAUGUUUUCCUCCUCUGAGUUUGAUUACGUGUUCCGUUAUCUCGAGGCAGAACAGAUCGGUGCCAUUGUAUGUGAGCAGGAGAGGAAAGCAGCAUGGAAGAAGGCACAGUUGCAGCACAUUCGUGAAUCCGAUGAGAAGAAGCGGCAGAGGAACAUGCAAGUGGAGAAGAUGAAGUCUGAGAUGCUGAACCUGCAGAUCCAACUCCAUAGCAUGAAUUCUCUUGAUACUUCCCCUGUUAGUGAAGGCUUGAGGAGACGGAGAAACACUUCUCGCGUGAACUCAGAUUUGGUGUGUGAUUUGCCUGAAUCUCCCGAUACUGAGAGCCUGUUUGCUUCAGAAUUAGCAAAGAACCCUAUAAUAGAAUCAACUCUGUGUGAGAUAACUGAACUUGAAGAAGAAGAAGAAGAAUGUGAUAAUGCUUUUGCGGAUGCGGGAAAGCAAAGGAGAGAUCAUAGUGGUCAAUUGAAGGAGAAUCCAUUGGCUUCUGCUGUGCAGUUGAUAGGAGAUGGAGUCUCUCAAGUACAAUCAAUAGGAAAUCUGGCUGUCAACAAUAUUUUCAGCUUUUUGAACCUCUCUCAAGAGGAUUCUGACUCCAAUGAGUCUUCUUCAGCCGAAGAUGGUCAAAACAUGAGGAGCAGUGCAUACCUGAAUCGUGCAUCUUCUCUACAAUCUGAUAAGAGCAGAACGUCUGAAGCUGCAAGCCUACAAAUCGGCAGAAUAUUCUCCCAUAUAUGGUUUCAGAUGCGUUCCAACAACGAUUUCGUCUGUUACUGUUGCUUUCUUCUUGUGUUUCUCUGGAAUUUCAGCUUGUUAUCAAUGGUCUACUUGGCUGCUCUCUUCCUAUAUGCACUGUGUGUCAAUACUGGCCCAAGCUACAUCUUCUGGAUAGUCAUGUUAAUAUACACAGAGUUUUACAUUUUACUUCGGUAUCUCUAUCAAGUCGUCAUUCAGCAUUGUGGUUUCAGCAUUCAGUCAGGCCUUCUUCCCGAGUUGGGCUUUCCUACCAAAAGGAUAACAUCGUCAUUUGUCAUCAAUUCACUUCCCUUGUUUCUGGUGUAUUUGUUCACUCUCAUACAGAGCUCCAUAACUGCAAAAGAUGGCGAAUGGUUUUCACUGGCGCAUGGGAAUAGCAGUAAAGGUAGGCUGGUGGAUCGGAAAGAAGCUCCCACAGGAUCCAGCUGGAGUGAAAAGGUGAAGAAGCUACUUCAGCCAUUGAUAAACAUGAUUAGAAUAGUGACCAGAAGCUGCUGCAGAUACUGGAAGUCACUGAUACAGGAUGCAGAAUCUCCUCCAUACUUUGUGCAGCUGUCCAUGGAUGUGAAUGAUUGGCCUGAGUAUGGGAUCCAGCCGGAGAGGAUUGAAUCCGGAAUAAACCAACUGCUGCUACUUGUGCAUAAUGAGAGAUGCAGGAAUGAAAACCCCAACCGUUGCUCAUGUGUCAGUAGAGUUCAGAUCCAGAGCAUUGAGAAAAGUGCUGAGAAUCCAAACAUGGCUUUGGCUGUUUUUGAAGUGGUUUCCUCCUGCCCCCUUACAGAAGAAUGCACACCCGACGAGCCAUUCAAGUCACUCACUCCCGCGGCUGAUGUGGCAAAGGACAUUCUUAAGGCACAGCGGGUGGGAUUUGUUGAAGAUGUUAGAUUCCCAUACCCUAUACUCUCUGUCAUUGGAGGGGGAAAAAGAGAGAUUGAUCUUUAUGCCUACAUCUUUGGUGCUGAUCUCUCUGUGUUUUUCUUGGUUGCUGUUUUCUACCAAUCUGUUAUAAAAAACAAGAGCGAUUUUCUGGAUGUUUCCCAACUAGAGGAUCAGUUCCCUAAAGAGUUUGUAUUUAUGCUGAUGGUAAUAACACAUUCUUUAAGGCUAUGUUUGGAACACGGAGAAUAGUAGGGAAUUGGGGGGGGGGGGGGGG